GUUGCAUAGCAUCAGAUAUCUAGUUUGCCACCUCUUGCAGCGUCGUAAAGUACCUAGUUCAUACCAGAAACAAUCAUGGGUCAAGACUACUACAAGCUACUCGGAAUCGACAAGUCAGCUUCUCAGGAUGAGAUCAAAAAGGCAUAUCGUAAAGCCGCUCUGAAAUGGCACCCGGAUCGAAACAAGGAUAACAUCGCGACCGCCGAAAAGAAGUUCAAGGAGGUCAGCGAAGCCUUCGAGGUCCUUUCCGACGACAACAAACGAACCGUCUACGAUCAAUACGGUGAAGAAGGCCUCAAGGCCAACGGAGGUGCCGGACCUGGUGCCAACCCCUUCGGCGCGGGAACGGGAGGUGGAGCAUUCCCAGGUGCUUCGUUCGGGUUCGGAGGUGGUGGUGGAGGGUUCCAGGCGAGUGACCCCAACGAUAUCUUCUCGCAUAUCUUUGGAGGAGGUAUGGGAGGUGGUAUGGGCGGGAUGGGAGGAGGAGCAGACAUGUUCGGCGGAGGCAGCCCAUUCGGCGGUGCCAGCGGCGGAUUCGGUGGCAUGCCCGGUGGACCCGGAGGUCGAAGACGAGGUCCUCAACGUCAAGAAUCCUCAGCACCCCUCGAACCUGUCGCCGAGAUCACCCGUCCGCUCGCGCUCACCCUGGAAGAGAUCUACAAGGGCGGUACGAAACGUCUCAAGAUCACCAGGAAAUUGCGUAACGGGUCCGAAGAGGGCAAGGUCCUCGAGAUCGCCUACAAGGCCGGGUGGAAGAAGGGAACCAAGGUCAAGUUCCAGGGCGCUGGGCACGAGGACGAACACGGACGAGGACAGACGAUCGUCUUUGUGGUGGAAGAAAAGCCGCAUGGGAGGUUUACGAGGGAAGACGAUGAUCUGGUCGUCAAAUUGAACAUCAACCUGCUGGAUGCUUUGGUUGGGAACAACGAGGGGACGAGGGAGGUCGAACAUCUGGAUGGGCGCAAGAUCAAGGUUGCCCUGCCGAAGGGGAUUAUCACCCCGAACCAGGAGACCCGAGUGGCAGGCGAGGGAUUCCCCAUCACCCGAAAAGACUCGGUCAAAAAGGUCGGCGACCUCGUCGUCAAGUGGAUUGUACACUUCCCCCGUACUUUGUCAGACAGUCAGAAGGACGGUUUGAAGAAGAUUUUGGGUUGAAUACAGAGUGGAGGUCACGGUGGUCACGUAGCGGUUGACGGAUAUUAGUGGUUUUUAUUCUGCUAAAGCAGAACGGUCAUCAAUGGAAUUUGUCAUGUUUAUAUGUAGCAACGAUCGAGUUUAUUAGACGAUAUUACAAGAAUCUACA